GCGGUCCUUUGCCAAAAAGACGAGAGUGGGAAGCACAGCGAGGAAGCCACAGCAAGGCCCAGGAAGCAGAGCUGGGAACGCAGCUCUGUUGUGUGGUCAUCGACGGGGACAGCUGACUUCGAACAGACUUUAGGUACCUGUACAUCUGAAGAGUCAAGAAAGGUGAGGAACAGGGUGGUGCACAGGAUGAAAGAAGCCACCAUCCAUGAGCAGCUGUGGGCAGCUCUGCGGUCUCUCAUCCUCGACGCCAAAGCUGCUGCCGGCACCAGCAGUGCCGCAAACGGCAUGGCAGAGGCCGCAGAGGUCACUGCGCAAAGCGCCAUCAGCACCAGGGAGUGCCGCGUUAGAGCCCCGCCCGGACCCGGUCUUCCCCGGGUUCUGGCUAAAAGCUGCGGGACACUCAGCCCACGCUGCGCCGAAGUCCGCAGCGCUCACACGCAAUCUGAUUUACCAGGGGAGGCUGUGGAGCGAGAAAUUGGAAAUGAAACACACGAUAUGCAGAUUGGUUUUAAUCACCUGGAACAGAUGGUGCAGAAAGUGGCAGAUAGGAGGAAGCCAGUGAUGGGAGGAAAGGAUGGUCUGAAGACAUUGACUGAAUGCUGUUUACACAAAGGAAAGACCAUCUGGACACAACUGGAGGUGUGGCCCUCAGCGCAGGAGCUCCUUCAGAACCCGUUACUCUUCACGGAAGAAGCCUUCCGGCCCUCCCAGGCGCCCAGCACAUGCAGAACCGGGAGCACACGGACCGGCAAGGGUUGGGUCUCCCGCCCAUUCACCCCGCAUGCCUCAGGGCACGCUCCCCAGGGGCGAUGCGAGCCCCGGGCUGAGCCGCGCGAGGGGAGAAGGCGCGGGGUGAGGACCGCCGACUCCGCGCUGGAGGCGGCGCAGGUGCGGAGGCCGCGCGUCUGCGAAGGUCUCACCUGCCUUCCUCUUCCGAAGACCGAAAAGGUGGAGAGGAGGCAAGUAGAAAGGCAAGAAGGAGCUGUGUUGUGGAAGCUGUGCUCGUCUCAAAGGUUAACGAGGUUGCAGAACCUCAGGGAGUGCGGCCAGGACACCCAUUUCAAUUGCUCUCACGUGCUUCUCUUGUUUAAUUCUUGCAAGCACAGUCUGAAGCCUGCGUUUCGAGCUGCCUGCUGCUCAGCCCACCAGGGCUUCCUUCAGAAGCUGGCUGAACCCAGAAACAGCCAGACGCCCUGA